AUGAAGUCCGGUCUUGUUGUUGCAGCUACCCUGCUGGGUGCCGCCAAUGCUGGCAUGCACCGCAUGAAGCUCCAAAAGGUGCCAUUGGAAGACCAGCUUAGCGCUGCCAACAUUGGUGACCACAUGCGAGCUCUCCGACACAAGUACUCUCAGAAGACCAUGGGAGGCUCGUCUGAAGACAUCUUCGGAGAUGCUUCGAUCCAUCCAACUGGCCCUCACGAUGUCCCGGUGGAAAACUUCUUGAAUGCUCAAUAUUUCAGCACCAUUGCCUUGGGGACGCCAGCUCAAGAGUUCAAGGUUGUCCUCGAUACCGGAUCUUCCAAUCUCUGGGUCCCUAGCCAAUCUUGUGGCUCGAUUGCCUGCUACCUCCACCAGAAAUAUGAUUCAUCAUCGUCCUCUACAUACAAGAAGAAUGGAUCGGAGUUUGGCAUCCGAUAUGGUUCUGGAGAAGUCGCCGGCUUCAUCUCCACUGAUGUCCUCCGCAUCGGUGACUUGACGAUUAAAGACCAACUUUUUGGUGAGGCGACGAGCGAGCCCGGCUUGGCCUUCGCCUUUGGCAGAUUCGAUGGCAUCUUGGGUCUCGGAUACGAUACCAUCUCUGUCAAUCACAUCCCACCCCCAUUUUAUAACAUGAUCAACCAGAAGUUGCUGGACGAGCCUGUCUUUGCUUUCUAUCUGGGCAACACUGAUGAUGGCACCGAGUCCGAGGCAACCUUUGGCGGCGUUGACACGAGUCACUACACCGGCAAGAUGGUCAAGAUCCCGCUCCGCCGCAAGGCUUACUGGGAAGUCAACCUUGACUCCAUCAGCUUUGGCGAGGAAACUGCUGAUCUCGACAACACCGGCGUCAUCCUCGACACUGGUACUUCUUUGAUUGCCCUUCCUACCACCCUCGCGGAGCUCCUCAACCGUGAGCUUGGUGCCAAGAAAGGAUUCAAUGGACAAUACACUGUGGAAUGUGACAAGCGUGACUCUCUUCCAGACAUCAGCUUCACUCUCAGCGGUUAUAACUUUUCCAUUACGGCUUAUGAUUAUAUCCUCGAAGUCCAAGGUUCCUGCAUCAGCAGCUUCAUGGGCAUGGACUUCCCAGCUCCUACCGGGCCAUUGGCUAUCCUUGGUGACAGCUUUUUGCGUAAGUGGUACAGUGUCUAUGAUCUGGGUAACGACGCUGUUGGUUUGGCCCAGGCCAAGUAG